CACUAAACACACACAAACACAAUUACAAUUACAAAUCCAAUUGAAUUAUCGUCGUUAAUCGAGAUCUAGCGAGUUCCGUAACCAUGUCGCUGCGACCGAGCGCGAGAACCGAGGUUCGCCGGAACAGGUACAAGGUGGCGGUGGAUGCCGACGAGGGACGGCGGCGGAGGGAGGAUAAUAUGGUGGAGAUCCGGAAGAGUAAGAGGGAGGAGAGUUUGUUGAAGAAGAGGCGUGAGGGGCUGCAAGCUAAUCAGCAGUUUCCGGUGCCUUCGCAGUCUGUUUCGGGGCUCGAGAAGAAGCUAGAAAAUCUUCCGGGAAUGAUUGCAGGUGUUUGGUCCGAUGAUAGUAGCAUGCAGCUUGAAGCUACCACUCAGUUUCGGAAAUUGCUGUCAAUAGAACGCAGUCCCCCGAUUCAGGAAGUUAUUCAAUCUGGUGUUGUUCCCCGUUUUAUUGAGUUCCUCAUGAGAGCCGAAUAUCCACAGCUUCAGUUUGAAGCAGCCUGGGCACUCACAAACAUUGCAUCUGGUACAUCUGAGCAUACAAAGGUUGUAAUUGAUCAUGGUGCUGUUCCAAUAUUUGUUCAACUACUGGGUUCUCCCAGUGAUGAUGUUAGGGAGCAGGCUGUGUGGGCUCUGGGGAAUGUUGCUGGCGAUUCUCCGAAAUGUCGAGAUUUUGUUCUAGGUAACGGGGCUCUGGUUCCUCUGCUAUCUCAGCUAAAUGAGCAUGCUAAACUUUCUAUGCUUAGAAAUGCUACCUGGACACUUUCGAAUUUCUGUAGGGGCAAGCCUCAGCCUGCUUUUGAUCAGAUGAGACCAGUGCUCCCAGCUCUUCAGCGUCUUAUUCAUUCAAAUGAUGAAGAGGUGUUAACUGAUGCAUGUUGGGCUCUUUCAUAUCUUUCUGAUGGUACAAAUGAUAAAAUUCAAGCUGUGAUUGAAGCUGGAGUCUGUCCUAGACUUGUUGAACUCUUACUUCAUCCUUCUCCUUCAGUUUUGAUUCCUGCUCUUCGCACAGUUGGGAACAUUGUGACAGGAGAUGAUAUGCAAACUCAGUUUAUCAUCAAUCAUCAAGCACUGCCCUGCCUUUUGACCUUACUGACCAACAAUUAUAAGAAGAGUAUCAAGAAAGAAGCUUGCUGGACUAUUUCAAACAUCACAGCAGGAAAUAAGGAGCAAAUUCAGUCUGUCAUUGAAGCCAAUAUUAUUGGGCCGCUUGUGCAAUUGCUUCAAAAUGCGGAGUUUGAUAUUAAGAAGGAGGCUGCUUGGGCACUUUCAAAUGCAACAUCUGGGGGUACUCAUGACCAAAUCAAAUAUUUAGUUAGUCAAGGAUGUAUUAAGCCAAUGUGUGAUCUCCUUGUGUGCCCUGAUCCAAGAAUUGUGACCGUCUGUUUGGAGGGACUAGAAAAUAUUUUGAAAGUUGGGGAAGCAGAAAAGAAUUUGGGCCAAUCAGGAGAUGUAAAUGUUUAUGCUCAAAUGAUUGAUGAUGCCGAGGGGUUAGAGAAGAUUGAGAAUUUACAGAGUCAUGAUAAUAAUGAGAUUUAUGAAAAAGCAGUGAAGAUUCUUGAAACAUAUUGGUUGGAGGAAGAUGAUGAGACUGUGCCCCCUGGUGAUGGUGCUGUCCAGCAGCAGCAGGGGUACAACUUUGGAGGUGGUGGUGUUCCAGUUCCUUCUGGAGGAUUCAACUUUCAGUGAGGUGUUAUGUCUAUCCGUAAUACAGUGAUAAGGGUCUUUAGUGGAAUUCCCGUGUAUUCCGCAGUGUCUGGUAUAAUGCGUCUCGUCAUUAUGUAUGGGUCCAGUCUGGUCAUGGUCUAGCGUGAUUGAGGUCGGUGCGCUUUAAGGUUUCCAAUAAUGGGCGAAAGAGAGGAAAGAACCGACCUUAUGGAGAUGUAAAGUCAGGAUUCUUUCGGUUGGUUGGAUACCGGGGGUCUUGUAGUCGGUCAAGUCAAUUGGAAGUCGGAGUCAGUUUCUUGUAGUUGUAUAUGUGAUUUUCAAAUAUAUGCCGGAUGAUUUCACACUUUUUAAGUUCACCCGGCUUAAAAUAACAAGAGUGGGGAUUUUCUUAGUCCUGUGAGGCGGUGAUAUCACGGUUUUUUCUAUUAUAUUAUUUGUGUCAAAUAUAGGUCGGUUUGGUUUUGUUAUGGCAGGGGAUGAUGCUUUAUUUUAAUGGAAAGAUGUAAAUCCCCUGUUAGGUUUUUUGGAUAGCUACUGUUUGCAAGUUUUUCUGUGGAACAGAAAGGUAUUACAAAUUUGUCUGGUAUUUAUUGCUUA